AUGCCGCACCCCGGGGCCCCCGCCGGCGCCCGCCCGCGCCCGUGGCCGCUCCCGCCCCCGCCGCCGCCGAUGCUGCUCCUGCUCCCGCUGCUCCCGCUGCUCCGGGGCGGCCUCGCGGGCAACCUGACGGUGGCCGUGGUGCUGCCGCUCGCCAACACCUCGUACCCGUGGUCCUGGGCGCGCGUGGGCCCGGCCGUGGCGCUGGCGCUGGCCCGCGUGCGGGCGCGGCCCGAGCUGCUGCCCGGCUGGACGGUGCGCACGGUGCUGGGCAGCAGCGAGAAUGCGCGGGGCGUCUGCUCCGACACCGCCGCGCCGCUGGCCGCCGUGGACCUCAAGUGGGAGCACGCGCCCGCCGCCUUCCUGGGCCCGGGCUGCGUGUACGCCGCCGCGCCCGUGGCCCGCUUCACGGCGCACUGGCGGGUGCCGCUGCUCACGGCCGGCGCCCCGGCGCUGGGCUUCGGCGCCAAGGACGAGUACGGGCUCACCACGCGCGCCGGGCCCAGCCACGCCAAGCUGGGCGACCUGGUGGCGGCGCUGCACCGGCGCCUGGGCUGGCGGCGCCGCGCGCUCGUGCUCUACGCCUACCGGCCCGGCGACGACCAGCCCUGCUUCUUCGUGGUGGAGGGGCUGUACCUGCGGCUCCGCGACCUCCUCAACAUCACCGUGGACCACCUGGAGUUCGCCGAGGGCGACCGGGACCACUACGCCAGGCUGCUGCGCACCGUGCAGCGCCAGGGCCGCGUCAUCUACAUCUGCAGCUCCCCGGAUGUCUUCAGAACCCUGAUGCUCCUGGCCCUGGAAGCCGGCCUCAGCGGGGAGGACUAUGUGUUCUUCCACCUGGACCUCUUCGGGCAGAGCCUGCGAGGUGCCCACGGCCCUGGGUCCCACAGGCCCUGGGAGCGCGGGGACGGCCAGGAUGCCGCUGCCCGCCGUGCCUUUCGGGCUGCCAAAAUCAUUACAUACAGAGAGCCAGACAACCCUGAGUACAUGGAAUUCCUGCAGCAGCUGAAGCACUUGGCUCGUGAGCAGUUCAACUUCACCAUUGAAGAUGGCCUGGUGAACACCAUCCCGGCGUCCUUCCACGACGGGCUCCUGCUCUUUGUCCAGGCGGUGACAGAGACACUGGCACAUGGGGGAGUGGUCACCGACGGGGAGGGCAUCACGCAGCGCAUGUGGAACCGAAGCUUCCAAGGUGUGACCGGGUACCUGAAAAUGGACAGCAAUGGGGACCGAGAGACCGAUUUCUCCCUCUGGGAUAUGGAUCCUGAGACUGGAGCCUUUAGGGUCGUUCUGGACUACAAUGGGACUUCCCAGGAGCUGGUGUCUGUGUCCGGGCGCACACUGCACUGGCCCCUGGGACACCCGCCCCCUGACAUCCCCAGAUGCGGCUUUGACAACGAGGACCCCGCCUGCGACCAAGCCCACUUUUCCACCCUGGAGGUGCUGGCGUUGGUAGGCAGCCUCUCUCUGCUCAGCAUCCUCAUCGUCUCCAUCUUCAUAUACAGGAAGAUGCAGCUGGAGAAGGAGCUGGCCUCAGAGCUGUGGCGGGUGCGCUGGGAGGACCUGCAGCCCAGCAGCCUUGAGAGGCACCUCCGGAGUGCGGGCAGCCGGCUGACCUUGAGUGGGAGAGGCUCCAAUUACGGCUCCCUCCUCACCACAGAGGGCCAGUUCCAGGUCUUCGCCAAGACAGCGUACUAUAAGGGCAACCUCGUGGCUGUGAAAACUGUGAACCGCAAACGCAUCGAGCUGACGAGAAAAGUCCUGUUUGAGCUGAAGCAUAUGCGGGAUAUACAGAAUGACCACCUGACCAGGUUUGUGGGUGCCUGCACCGAUCCCCCCAACAUCUGUAUCCUCACCGAGUACUGCCCCCGUGGGAGCCUGCAGGACAUUCUGGAAAACGAGAGCAUCACCCUGGACUGGAUGUUCCGGUACUCUCUCACCAACGACAUCGUCAAGGGCAUGCUGUUCCUGCACAACGGGGCCAUUUGCUCCCACGGGAACCUCAAGUCAUCCAACUGUGUGGUCGACGGCCGAUUCGUGCUCAAGAUCACCGACUAUGGGCUGGAGAGCUUCAGGGACCCGGAGCCAGACCAAGGACACACCCUCUACGCCAAAAAGCUGUGGACAGCCCCCGAGCUCCUGCGAAUGGCCUCACCCCCCGUCCGGGGCUCCCAAGCGGGUGAUAUCUACAGCUUUGGGAUCAUCCUUCAGGAGAUUGCCCUGAGAAGCGGCGUGUUCCACGUGGAAGGUUUGGACCUCAGCCCCAAAGAGAUCAUCGAGCGAGUGACCAGGGGGGAGCAGCCCCCGUUCCGGCCCUCCCUGGACCUGCAGAGCCACCUGGAGGAGCUGGGGCACCUGAUGCAGAGGUGCUGGGCUGAGGACCCGCAGGAGCGGCCGCCCUUCCAGCAGAUCCGCAUGAUGCUGAGAAAGUUCAACAGAGAGAACAGCAGCAACAUCCUGGACAACCUGCUGUCCCGCAUGGAGCAGUACGCCAACAACCUGGAGGAGCUGGUGGAGGAGCGCACCCAGGCCUACCUGGAGGAGAAGCGGAAGGCCGAGGCGCUGCUCUACCAGAUCCUGCCUCACUCAGUGGCUGAGCAGCUGAAGCGCGGGGAGACCGUGCAGGCCGAAGCCUUCGACAGCGUCACCAUCUACUUCAGUGACAUCGUGGGCUUCACGGCCCUGUCGGCCGAGAGCACGCCCAUGCAGGUGGUGACCCUGCUCAACGACCUGUACACCUGCUUCGAUGCCGUCAUAGACAACUUCGACGUGUACAAGGUGGAGACAAUCGGCGAUGCCUACAUGGUGGUGUCGGGGCUUCCGGUGCGGAACGGGCGGCUGCACGCCUGCGAGGUGGCCCGCAUGGCCCUGGCGCUGCUGGACGCCGUGCGCUCCUUCCACAUCCGCCACCGGCCCCAGGAGCAGCUGCGCCUGCGCAUCGGCAUCCACACAGGACCCGUGUGUGCUGGCGUAGUAGGGUUGAAGAUGCCCCGUUAUUGUCUCUUUGGGGACACAGUCAACACGGCCUCACGAAUGGAGUCUAACGGGGAAGCCCUGAAGAUCCACUUGUCUUCGGAGACCAAGGCUGUCCUGGAGGAGUUCGGUGGUUUCGAGCUGGAGCUUCGAGGGGAUGUGGAAAUGAAGGGCAAAGGCAAAGUCCGGACCUACUGGCUCCUGGGGGAGCGGGGCAAUAGCACCCGAGGCUGA